GAACCCUGGCAUUUCGCUUGCUCAUUUGGACCUCUUUUUUUUUUUCAAACUCAACUUUAGAGCAACAAAGCAAAUACAUUUUGCUUGUUCGCUGGAAUGCUUUUUCUCUGAUGAUUUAUUGAUCAUGGAUCCUCUAUACAACACUUCGCAAAACUCGAGCGGCCACGGGACUAACGGUUCUUUGGUCAAUGACACGGACGUGUUGUCGAACCAGUUCGUUCAGCCGGUGUGGCAGAUAGUUCUGUGGGCCAUGGCGUACUGCUGUAUAGUUCUGGUGUCAGUUGUUGGAAAUAUCACUGUUAUUUGGAUCAUUUUAGCGCAUAAGCGCAUGAGGACUGUGACCAACUAUUUUCUUGUGAACCUUGCGUUCGCAGAGGCUUCUAUGUCGGCUUUCAAUACCGUUAUUAACUUUGUGUAUGCAGUGCAUAACGAGUGGUACUUCGGACUUGUUUACUGCAGAUUUCACAACUUCUUUCCAAUAGCAGCUGUCUUCGCUAGUAUUUAUUCCAUGACAGCAAUAGCCCUGGACAGGUACAUGGCUAUCAUCCACCCACUCCAGCAGCGCCUGUCGUCCGCUGAGACCAAGCUGGUGGUGGGGGUGAUCUGGGCCCUGGCGCUGCUCCUGGCUUUCCCCCAGUACUACUUUUCCAGCACCGCUCAGCUACCAGGACGAACCGUGUGCUACAUCAACUGGCCUGAGUACAGUGUGUGGGAUUUCCAAAAGACGUAUUACGUCUGUGUGGUUGUGCUUAUCUACUUUCUCCCUUUGCUCGUCAUGGGUUGUGCGUACCUGGUGGUGGGAUGCACUCUCUGGGCGAGUGAGAUUCCCGGAGACUCUUCAGACCGCUACCGAGAGCAGCUAACCGCCAAACGGAAGGUGGUGAAGAUGAUGAUUGUCGUUGUGUGCACCUUCGCCAUCUGCUGGCUACCCUACCAUGUCUACUUCCUGUUGCACCAGUUCCUUCCCCACUUGUUUGAGCAACGGUACAUCCAGCAAGUGUACUUAGGAAUUAUGUGGCUUGCCAUGAGCUCCACCAUGUACAAUCCCAUCAUCUACUGUCUUCUCAAUGACAGGUUUCGAGCUGGAUUCCAGCAGGCAUUCUCCUGGUGUCCUUGUGUCCCUCAAGGCUCAUACGAAGGUCUGGAGCUCAAGUCCACUCGCUAUCUUCAGACGCAGGCCAGCUUUUACCGUGCCAGCCGAAUGGAGACCACGGUAUCCACAGUGAUGCCGGUUGUUGAGGGGGACCUUCAGGAGAACACAAAUCGACGCUCCAUAGAUCUCACGUCUAAUGGUUCUUCACAAAGCGCUUCAAAGACUGUAUCAGAGUCAUCCAGCUUCUAUUCUAGCAACUAUUUAGCUUAGGAUGAAUUUGAAUGUAGGAAAUGCUUUGAGUGUUAAAGUACCAAUCUUGUGAGAAGAAGG